AUCCCGGCGGUCUCCGCGCCAGGCACUUCCGGCGGCGGCGGCGGCUUUCGGGAGGAAGUGCCGGUGGGCUGCGAGGGCGGAAGCGGUGCGCUGGCCGCUCUAGCCGCUCUGAGGCCCCGAGGACGCGCCCCUGCCUUCGUUCCGUCCAGGAUGGACGAGGAGAGCCUGCAGACCGCCCUGCGGACCUAUGACGCCCAGCUGCAGCAGGUGGAGCUGGCUCUGGGAGCCGGCCUGGAUCCCUCGGAGCUGGCCGACCUGCGCCAGCUGCAGGGGGACCUGAAGGAGCUGAUCGAGCUCACCGAGGCCAGCCUGGUGUCCGUCAGGAAGAGCAAGCUGCUGGCCACGUUGGACGGAGAGCACCCAGCCCGGGGCGAUGCCGAGUACCUGGCUUUCCAGGAGGCCGUUGCUGAGGGGGCGCAGGGGUCUGUAGCCCCCAGGGCAGAGCUGGAGACGGCUCCUGAAGGGGAGGCCAGGCCGGAACCCAGCAGGCCUGGGCAGGAGGAGGAAGAGGGAGAGGACGAGGAGGAGGAAGAGUGGAGUGGGAGGAAGGUGAACGCCCCCUACUACAGCUCCUGGGGCACCCUGGAGUACCACAACGCCAUGAUUGUGGGCGCAGAGGAGGCGGACGACGGCUCGGCGGGCGUGCGGGUCCUUUAUCUCUACCCCACUCACAAGUCCCUGAAGCCCUGCCCGUUCUUCUUGGAGGGCAAGUGCCGCUUCCAGGAGAACUGCAGGUUCUCCCAUGGGCAGGUGGUCUCUGUCGAUGAGCUGCGCCCCUUCCAGGACCCGGACCUGAGCUCUCUACAGACUGGCUCUGCGUGUCUGGCCAAGCAGCAGGAUGGCCUUUGGUACCCAGCCCGGAUAACUGGGUGGUUCCUACCACCUCUUGAGGCCACUGAUCUGGCCUGUCUUCGUCCCCUGCCUCCAGAUGUGGAUAGCGGCUACUACACAGUCAAGUUUGACUCACUGCUGCUGAAGGAGGCCGUGGUGGAGGGGGACAGCAUCCUGCCCCCACUGCGCACAGAUCCCACAGGGUCCUCGGACUCAGACAGCGGCGAUGCGGAUGACCCCAGCUAUGCCAGAGUGGUGGAACCCAGUGCUGCCGACCACGGGACCUGCAGCUCUGCUUUCGCCGGCUGGGAGGUGCACACACGGGGCAUUGGCUCCAGACUCCUUGCCAAGAUGGGCUACGAGUUUGGCAAGGGUUUGGGCCGACAUGCAGAGGGCCGGGUAGAGCCCAUCCAUGCCGUGGUGCUGCCUCGGGGGAAGUCGCUGGACCAGUGCGCAGAGAUUCUGCACAAGAGGACGAAGGGCAGCAAGGCUGGCAUCCAGAGGCCCCCGAAAUGCCCGCGGAGAGGGGGUGGACGCCCUCCCCCUCGUAGCGUGUUUGACUUUCUGAAUGAGAAGCUACAGAGCCGGGCCCCUGCGACCCUGGAGGCGGGGGUGGCCUCCCCAGGGAGGAGGGGCAGUAAGGAAACGUACCACGCCAGCAAGAGUGCCAAGCGGGCCCUGAGCCUGCGGCUCUUCCAGACUGAGAAGAAGAUCGAGCAAGCCCAGCGGGACAUCCGGGGCAUCCAGAAGGCCCUUGCCCGAAACACCGGCCGGCACAGUGUGACGGCAGCCCAGCUGCAGGAGAGGCUGGCGGGAGCCCAGCGGGAGCUGGGGCAGCUCCAGGCCCAGGAGGCAGGCCUGCAGCUCGAGCAGAGGAAAGCAGACACCCACAAGAAGAUGACGGAGUUCUAGAAGCCCCAGGCACACACAGCGGACAGAGCUCAGGGACCCCAGCUCCUGGCUGCCUUCUGGAAGACCAGCCGUCACCCAACAACCGGAUGCCGCUGGGAGAGGGGCCGGCCUGCUGCCAGGCCAGCCCCCACAGUCAGCCUUCUCGCUGGCCUAGGGCACGUGGACGCUGCCGAACGGAGACGGCCCUGCAGGGCUCACUUCUGGACACUUGCCUGCCCGUUGGGCCCACCCGCCAGUGUCUUAGGGAGUCUCUUUAGCAAGGACAUUAAAGUGUCGUGUUGUGGUGUCUUUCA